GGGCUUACUACGCUGCAAGCUUGACAACUCGUCAAAAUACAGAGGACGGCAAGCAAAUAACAGACAAACUCUCGUUACUUUACCAUAUCUUCUUCAGUUUCUCUACAUUGAGUGGGAACAAUGAGGUUCUCCGCGCUCUUUGCUUUGGGCGCAGCUACGUCCGCUCUUGCGACUGUGCCCCAGCAUCUGCAGCAGGCUCCUCUCGUAGACGAAGAAAAGUUCUUGAUUGAGCUUUCUCCAGGUGAAACAAGAUGGAUCACUGAGGAGGAGAAGUGGGAUCUGAGAAGAAACGGCAUCAACUUCAUGGACAUUUCGGACACCCAGGACCUGGGCAUGACUGUGAAGAGCAAGAAAGAAGUCCAAUACCCAUCCUCCGUCCGCCAUGCGAAGGCCAUCUCUCCGCUGCUCAAGAAACUAGACAAGAAGAAUAUGAGAGAGAACCUGGAGACCUUCACCAGCUUUCACACACGAUAUUACAAAUCAUCCUACGGCGCACAGUCAUCGGCAUGGCUUCUUAGCCGCGUGGCAGAGAUUGUGAACGCAUCAGGUGCUGCCGAGUACGGCGCAACCGUCAAGCCUUUCCACCAUCCGUGGGGGCAGAACUCCAUCAUCGCCACUAUACCUGGCAGGAGCAACAAGACCGUUGUCAUCGGCGCGCAUCAAGACUCGAUAAACCUAUUCCUACCCUCGCUCCUUGCUGCCCCUGGUGCAGAUGACGAUGGCAGUGGCACGGUGACGAUCUUCGAAGCCCUCCGGGUGCUCCUCACGGACAAAGACACCAUCGCGGGGAAAGCCCCCAACACGAUCGAGUUCCACUGGUACUCUGCCGAAGAAGGUGGCUUGCUUGGAAGUCAAGCCAUUUUCAGCGCCUACGAAAAAUCCGGCCGUGAUAUCAAGGCUAUGCUUCAGCAGGACAUGACUGGGUACAUCCAGAAGACGCUUGACGCAGGGGAACCCGAGUCCGUUGGCGUGAUUACUGACUUCGUCGAUCCGGGGCUCACAGAAUUUAUCAAAAAGGUUAUCACUGCGUACUGCGACAUUCCGUACAUCGAGACAAAAUGUGGAUACGCUUGCAGUGACCACGCAAGCGCUAGUAAGGCUGGCUACCCCAGCGCAUUCGUCAUCGAAAGCGAUUUCAAGUACUCUGAUAGUAAGAUUCACACCACUGAGGAUAAAAUCGAGUAUCUGAGCUUCGACCAUAUGUUGCAGCACGCGAAAUUGACGCUUGGAUUGGCAUAUGAGCUUGUUUGGGCCAAGUUUGAUUAGAUUUCGGUACCAAACGACGAAUUCAUUUAGGGAAAGUUGUAGUCUACUAUGUAGCAUACCCUGAAAAGUAUGAAUGAAGAAAACUUGUGAAGAUAACGGCCAUAUUUGCGAGGCUGAAU